AGUUAACCGGGACUGCUAGAGGAACGAGCACGUGAGCAUCUGUCAUUUUCAAGGUGUUUUCUUUACGUUCGACAUUUACGACCUUAAAUGGCAUCAAAAGUUUCCGGAGAAAAUGAUAGGGAAUCAGCGUUACGCGUUUCAAUGGAAGAAGAAAAAAAUCGUAAGACGGAUCCUAAGGAGACUCGCGAGAGGUCAAUUAUCAUCGUUGGUAGUAAAAGCGUUGGGAAAACUACGAUGAUAAAUCGAUUUCUUGAAAAAGACGAAAAACCGAAGCCAACGAUCGCAAUGGAGUAUUCCUUUGGGCGAAAAGCUGGUAAGAGUUUAGUGAAAAACAUAGUCCACGUGUGGGAAAUUGGCUAUGUAGCUUCUUCUUUGAUUUCCGCCGCUAUGAGUGGAUCGGCCUUAACCCAUUCGCCGCAUCACACGGCGCUCUUGAUAAUGCUGGAUUUAUCGAAACCGGAAGUAUUAUGGAUCACCUUCGAGGAGAUAUUAUCGGCUGUACGAAGUGCGUUAAAAAUGAGUUACAAUUCGAAACUCAUUAACGAGAUGAUCGAGUAUAGAACGAGCGACAGGAAGAGCGUGGAAAAAAUGAUCGAUCCCUUACCCCUUAAAACGUUUAUAAUUGCGGGAAAGUACGAUGAAUAUCAGGACUUCGACUUAGACAAGAAGGAGAUAAUAGGAAAAACUUUACGAGGAAUUGCUCAUAGUUUAGGAGCAGGACUCCAUUAUUAUUCUUGCAAAGAAAAGAUUCUCUUACGGAAAACCAAAGACUUGUUAUCUCAUAUCGGAUUUGGAGCCGUUCUCGCAGAAGGAAAGUUUACGAGCUACGACAAACCUCUGAUUAUAUCGCCCGGUGCGGAUUCCUUCUCGUCGAUCGACUCGCAAUUGCCUUAUUCGAGACCAUCCAUGAUUUUAGACACCAUUAAGCAGACGUUCGUGGUACGUGUACCGCAAAUAACGAGAAACGACGAGUCUGCUUUAGAAGACCCAAGUAACGAUCCAAACUUCAACGAGCCGAUUAUCGAUAAACUGAAAGUUCAAAGAGAAGAGGUACAUUUAGGAUUUAUCGUAAGACAGGUGAGAUUAGCAUUCUUCUCGACGAUAUGCUAAACGGUCGAACACAACAAAUUCCCAUUCCCGAUCCGAUUUAAAUAGCAUUCGAACGAUCGGUAAGAGUUACGACGAAUCUGCAUUCAAGAUACACACACAUAUAUAUAUAUAUAUAUAUAUAUAUAUAUAUAUAUAUAAAUGAUAAAUAUGUCUCUUUGUAUCUUUUUACAGUAAUGUACACAUCGAGAAGACGGUUCUGUAUGUAUAGGAGUGAAAAAUUUGCAAUUCUUCAUUAAAUACAAAACUUUUCAUUGAAUACAACUUUAUAAAAAGUAAUAUCUAUAAUCGAUGUGCACGCGAGAUCGUUCACACGCUGUACAAUCCAAAAAAUUUCGAAUGGCGAGAGAUUACGUAACGGACGUUGACAAUCACGUACGUCAUUGUAAAUGGUAGAACAAUCGAUCCAACGAUACUUCGCGUGUAUAUAUAUGUAUGUGUGUGUAUAUAUAUAUAUAGAUACAUUCUCACCGUAGACCUGUAAUAAUCUUUUUACUUCGUUGGAUCGUACGUACAUACGUACAUAAAUAGGUAUGCGUAUAAAUGAGGGUAGUCGGUGAAGAAGGUGCAAUGUCUCGGGGCAGUUUAGGAGUUAAUGGGUCAACGAGAAGAUCGUGAACCGGUCGUGAGCGAGAAGCGGUUCGCGGCGCUCGAAGAUCUUGCAAGGUCUCGUUUGAUAUAUCGAAAGGAGAAAGAGUAAGAAGGAGAAAAGGGGGGGGGGAGGAGAGGGAAUGGAAGAGAAAGAUAAAAACAUUGCAUGACUCUGUUAAAUCUAACAAUUGAUAAUUAUAUAAAAAUCAUAUGAAAGUAUAAUUUUGUUUUGUAAUUAUAUAUUAUUAUGUAGAGAUUUGAACGUCAAUAAGAAACUAGUAAAUUGUAUCAAGUACGAGGAGAGGCAGAGAGAGAAUUCGCGCAGACGCAUUGACCGUCGAUGCGUUUAGCUCCCUCCGCGUGACGCGAUCUCGGUCCGAGCCGCAGAAAGAGUUUAGCGGCGUCGGCGUCGACGGCGGCGGCGUCGUCGUCGUCGGCGCGGCUGAUAAGAGUCGACAGUAGGAACGGCGACGCGUGCGCGGCACGGUACGGUGCGCUUGCGCUUAGGAAGCCUUGGAUCGCCGCACUCGACCCGUGCUUUCGAGACCGAUAGCGACCGAGAGAGCGCGAGAGUUGCCUUCGUGAGUUGACUUGGCAUCCCUACGAGAACGAGGCGCUAGUCUACUACUCUCUUUGACGAGAGGAGACCGCGAAAGAGGAGCUGGAGGAGGAGGAGGAGGAGGAGGAGAACUUUGCGCGGCGUCGUCGUGCCCUCUCCGCUCUCUCUCUUUUUCUUUCUUUCUCCUUUUCUCUUUCUCUCUCUUUUUCUCCUCCCCCCUCUUACGUUCAUCAGUGAAAAUGCCGCUUCGAUAGAACCUCGCGCGUGUCCUGUGGUCUCCCUCUUUCUAUCUCUUUUUUCGUUCUCUCUUCUUCGAUUUUGGAUCGAGUUCUACUCGAUCGAACCUCCCUAUCUCUUCCUUCUUUUUUCUCCUUUUUUCUACGUUUCUCUUUUCGUUCAAACUUCUUUUAUCCACGUUCCAUUCUGUUUUACUUGUCUUCCGUACCAUUCUUUUUCCUUCGAGUGCGCCGAGAUCGGAUCUACUACGACGACACCACGAGGUUACAGCGCGCGAGUGAGUCCUUACACAGGUUUGCGAGUGUGUGAGUGCGGGCAGGAAGUCAACAAAUCUAAAGGAGAACCUGCAAGAGCUAGGAAGAAUCGUGACGGAAGGUGAGCGAGCCUCAGGGUAUAAUAUAUGGACGUACCUGGUGGAGCUAGGUCAGGUCGCACCAGUUCGCGCCACCUCGCACGCCAAUGCGGUUCUACUCGAUCGAAGCGACAAUGAGUCCGACCUUUUUACUCUCAAGAUCGUUCGAGAUUGAACAAAUCAUUGACUCUAAACCGGUCGAUCUUCAGCGCGAUAUUUUCAUUUUAAAGGAACUUUGAAUACUCGUGAGAAAUGAAAUUAUUAUCAUUUUUAUUUGUCUUUUAUCUCUUACAAGAUAGACAUUCUUUCAGUAUAUUAUUUCUUUUUAGUAGACACGUUCGUUGUCUCUUACCGCUCCUUACUACUACUCUUAUCGACUACCUGAAUAUAAUUUGCAGAUAACGUAGGCGAGUAAUAAGUACGUUGGUGUUUGUAAAAUAAACGGUGCCUCGAUCUACCGUCUCUCGAACGAGUUCUUACUUGUUCGUUUUGUUCGUGCAUAAAUAGCGAAACUUCGUUUUUCCUUUAAUGAAAACUGAAAUUUUUGUGGGUUGAUACGUCUCUGAAAAAUCAUAGAUUCAACGUGAGAUUGCAGUGUAAACGUUCCUCUUAAUCAAUACUACGAAUGACAACAAAAUGUAAUUACCUACGUCAUACAAAAUAAAAAGUCAUCUAAUUUAAUUACGUCGUUCAGCCGUGUUUCUCUCUCUCUCUCUCUCUCUCUCUCUCUCUCUCUCUCUCUAUCUAUCUAUCUAUCUAUCUAUCUAUCUAUCUACCUAUCUACCCAUCUAUCUAUCUCUUUCUUUGUUUCUUUUUUUCAUUUAUAAUAAACAUUCUUUUUAUGAAAUAUAUAUUUAUAAGCGUAGAGUUCGCCUUUCUUGAUAAUAAUACGUCGAGUAUAUAAAUUAAGACGUUAUCAGUAUGGCGUAAACCAAAUGAUAACACGGUGCGAUAACGUUUGUUUAUCUUCGAUGUCGAGCUGAAGACAAGGAUUUUUUUGACGGUUCAAACGAAGGUGGAUCAGAUUCAAGUUACGGCCUACGCUUUAAGGAAAGGCGUAUAUUAAUUUGUGUGUGGUCGUUGAAGGAAGGGAAUUGGCAAUGGCGUUACGAAAGAGACCGUCCGAAGAUGGUAGGAAGAAAGGGCGUCAACCAUCAGCGUGAACGUUGGAUUGGAAAGUUUCAUUAGCUACUCGAUGCCUUCUCCGUAUAUAUGUAUGUAUGUAUGUACGUACGUAUUAUGUAUGUAUGUAUGUAUGUAUAUGCUUACCACAUGAAUCACUUCCUCUUGAGAUUAAUACAAUAUUAAAUGAGAAUUACGCGAUAGCGAACUUGCAACAAUGUUGUUUUUCCUUCCGAUCUCGCAACGCCAUUUCCACCGAGUUUACAUAUGCCAGACUUCGGUAUUAUUUCUGUAAUCACCGUUUCCAUCGACCGAUAUUUUGGAUAUUUGCUUUUCGUAGAAGCGUUUUCUGGUAUUAUACAUUCGUAUGUAGAUUCAUGUCGCUCAUUGUAUUUACAAUCGGAUACAUUAAUAGCUCAUGGUGUGGAUACUUCCACCAGUUUGUCGAGUUUCCCUUUUCAUACAUCUUCUGAAUAUCCCUCUGUUUCCGUCGUAUAAAGGGAAAUGCCGCGCGCUUACACAAUAAUACAUUCUUUUAUAGGAUAGAAACGAAGGGAUAUAGAAGAGAUAUGGAAAGGGAAACUGGCGAGGGUACUCACCGUGCUUCGUGUUAUAUUAAUGCACACAUUAAUAACACAGACAAUGAAAUGUAUGGAACGGAAUGAACCCUAUGAAAUUCAUAGAAUAUGUUAUUAAGAUUUGCCUUCUUGUACGUUAAAUUAAUUGCCUAGAUAAUGUAAUCGUACAAUAAUAGUAACCCUAUAUUUUGAAUAACGAAGUUUCAGCGAAAUCUGGUUCGGAAACUGUAAAUAAAAUGAAACGAAGCGAUCGUUGAAAGAAUCUCGUAUCGUUGAUAACGAUUUCAAUCGUCGUGUUAUCGGUGCUUUCACACAAAUUGCACGGUUAGCUCAGCCAGAGUGGAAAGCACGUACUACGACACGUGGCUGCCCGUCUCAAUUGUAUACCAUAACGAAGCGAACGCUUGUUACCCAGCGAACAAUCGGUCCAUUGUGUUGACUGAUGUUCCAAACGUAUAGUAUGUGUUUUCGAAUGUGCGGGAUGAGUACGCUUAGGUGCCAAGGAAAUAAAACUUCCAAUUUACAAGUUCGAUCUUUUCAAGAGAACGUAUACUCGACGUUAUCGUUAUUCGAAAAAGCAUUUCGUUAUGUACCUAACAAUUUGUUUUCUCGAAACAUCUUUCGGAUUCUUGUCUUCUUUUUUUUUUUCAAUCUGUAGCAAAUAUUUCAGAGGACAUUUUCGUAGGAAGUAGAGCGUGUUGUUCGGUAUAUGGUACGAUACAACGCACCAAGAUUCACUGCGUAAAAUUGUUCGACGCUUCGUUGGAGCCCUUCCUCCGUAUCUUAAGUUUACGUUCGUUCCGACACUCCCUAUUCCUUGUAAUCCAUAUCGUUCGUGCUGGUAUGUUCGCCGUUGAAUCUACGAUAAUCUCAAUUCGUCAAUUGAGUUCUAGUGUUUGUCGUCUUCCUUGAUAUCUUUGACGAAUGUGCAGUAGUUUCUUUUAGAUAUUUGAUUACACACACACACACACACACACACAGAGAGAGAGCCUACGUAAAAUAUUUUACAUUUAUCAAAGAUAAUUUUUAAAGUCAUAAGUAUGAAUUUUUGAUAUUUCCGUUGUAAAUUCGUCAUCGUAUAUCACACGAAAUAGAUAUCGCAUUUGUUGUGAUCAAUGUGUAAUCAUGAUAUACAGUUACACGUAACUCUUAUUAUCGUGUCGCUAAACUUGCAGAUUCCUUUAACGAUAGCGAGAAGUAGCACGACGAUAAGCAUAAUAUGAUUCUCGUUUCAUUUACAGAGAUGAGCCAAAGUUUUGAAGCAGUCAUCUGUAGUAAAAAUUUUAUUAUAUUCGUUCAUAUUUCGAAUAUUAUCUUCGUUUCGCAUUGUCGAACUUAUAAAAAUACAUUCAUCAAUUGUAAUGUAUUAAAAAGCGCGCUCUCCCCAACGUUGUUUUAUUAUCGAAUAUCGGGAAUAUUUUGAAUGGCUCAAAUACCAUUACAAUAAAAGAGUAAAAGUGGUAAAAAGAGUUUGUGAAGAGCCAUUUUAAUGACGCCUUCACGAUUUUUCGAUGCGACUAAUGCAUUCAAGCGUAUUCUUACGGAUAGAUAAUUUCAAACCGGCGAUCGUUUUGACAUAGUGUCUUUGCUUACAUAUGACAUUUAUUAUGACAUUAUGCUGCGGUACUUGCUACAUUACUUUGUUAGAAGGCACAGCUAUUUCAUGGGGAGCUGCAAUGCAGACUAUUGCGGCAUUAAUGUAAUCGCGGGGUUGCUUCUAUACGUUGAUUUAAAUUUUCAUUCGUUUUUAUGAUGAUGAUCAAACUUUAUAUAUAAUAUAAUACUUACUUUUAAACGUCGGCUUAUGUUGUUUAUUCCAAAGAAAUGAAAACAGACUUUAUGGACAGCUGAAAGAAUAAUUUCAAACUAAAUUGAAAAUAUUUUACGAUAAUACUGUGUUUCAAACGUAUCCGUAUUAUUACGAAUGUAUUUAUAAAGAUUACGAUAGAAAAGAUUUUGUUAAUUCUACAGGAAAUUACCAAAUUCAAAUUAAAACGAAGAAAUGGAAAAGAUAAUGUUUGGUCGAUCGACCAAGCAAAUAUUUGAAACGUGCGAUAUUUUUUAUUGCGACACAAGCGCGCGCGCGCACACACACACACACACAUGACGAGCAUGUUUUGUUCGAACGAUUGUCUGAAUAAUAAUUAUUCGUUCGGGAUAACUUGUACAUGAUAGAUAAUCAUUUAGAAAACAUUUGUUUUCUAACGGUCGCUCGCGGAACGACUAAUUAUUCCGGAUACUUAGUUCAGCACAUAUAUUUCGUAUGUUCACAUCCCGGAGAUCAUAUUUUUUACGGGUGCGACGUAAAACGAAAAUAGUUAAAACGUACAAUUACCUGAUCAUCUGAUUUAGACAAGCACAUUGAAAAUUUAUCAUCUCGACGAAAAAUACGAUAAGCCAGUAAUGGAAUGUUUACGUCCUUCAUAGAGGAACUAAAUAAACGAUUGGAACGAAACGUGUCUGGUAUCGAACGUAUAUGUUACAUAAAGUAUAUGACUUACGUUUAUAUGUACUAUAUAUAAUACAUAUCUAAUAUAUAAUAUCUCUCUUAUGUACGUAUAUCGAUGGUAAAAGAACGACAACAAGAGCGUUGACGGAAUUGUAUGCGUUCGAUAGGACGCAGAAUACUUGGUAGACGUUUCUCGAGCACGUGAGAAAGUUCGAUAGGUCCGUAAAUUUUGGUGAGGCUUCUUCUUCCGUUUUGGCAAGGAAGAAGAAGAAGGAGAAGAGGAAGAAGAAGAAGAAGAAGAAGAAGAAGAAGAAGAAAGGAAGGAUCCAAACCGCUACCGCCAAUAACAGUACUAACACCACCACCACCAUCACCUUUGGCAAGUUCGUCUAUUCUUUGCUUUUCGAAUUCUACGAAAUAACGGACUUCUUUCUGCAAUGUCGACGUUUUGCGUACAACUUUUGCGUGGCUACGUGUUUACGUUACGAAACGCGUUCUCGCAUUGCCGCGUAAUCGUAAGAGCGUGACGGAAAUCGAGCUACUGGGUGACGCGACGAUCUCUCUUCUCUUUCUCAUAUAAAUGGCUGUGUGUGUGUGUGUGUACACAUACAUAAAUAUAAGUACAUUUUCUUCUUCUUUCUCCUUUUUCGCUAAUCUCAUAAUUGUUUAUCGCUUUUUCUUAACGUAUUGUAGUUUAUAUUAUUUUAUCUGCGAUUAAUGUCAAAGUUAUAUGUACUGAAAUAUUAAGAUACUCAGUGUUAAUUGUAAUAGGUAAUAAGUAUAUUCUAUCCUCUUACAAAUCGCAAAAUUGUUUACGUUAUAGAUUAUCAUUCUCGAAGGAAGUCCGAUACUUAUCGCAGUUUACGGAUAUAUAUAUAUAUAUAUAUAUAUAUAUAGGAUACAUAUACAAACGUAUAGGUAUAUAUCAUCCAAACGUACAUAUAUAGGUAUAUCGCUCGUCGAGUACGUCGAGGUAAACGUCUAUCACGUUUGUCAUUAUAUAGUGUGGACAGAGGCUUGUGAAAGUUUCACCGAGUUUUUUAGCAACAAAAGAGAUAGGAAAUGCGACCACUAGUAGUUUAUUGGCACGCGUUCACAAGCGCAAACAUGGUAAUAUAAGAAGGAAAAAGGACGAAGAAGAAACGACGAUGCGUUUUGUCUACUUUUUCUCGACGAAAUGGUUUUAGUGAGACACCUUAAAUCUUAAUAAAAGCAGUGACCUCUUUGGCAUUAGAUCCGACAUUAUGGCAAAUCCACCGAUUCCAGAAGCGGCUUCUAGAAAAUCCGUUAUCUCAGUUGAAAGCCUGAAAGGAAGCUCUCGAGUACCGGGCAAAAAAUUACACAUUACAAUGAGAUAUGGUCUUUUUUUUUUCGUUCAAAUAUCUUGCGUUCGUAUCGAGAACAUUUCCUCUGGUUCUCGUUUCUUUUUGUUAAAUUUUAUUCCUCGUUGCGAUCGAAUCGAUCGUUCAUCGACGCGUUCGACUCGUCUCGUAGGAAGUAACCGUGCGUACUUUGCCGACCUUUGCAACGUGCUAUUUGCAAAAUCGAAGUCAACGAUUACUCAUCGAGGUCUUACGACAUAGUCGUGAGAAGCCGUUUCAAUGUCGAUUUUUUAUGACCGAGCAUACGGCAAAGACUGAUAUAGAUGCGUGCAAACGAUGAAGAAUUUUGAAAAGAACGGUCGGUUCUUUUUUCUUUUCCUCCUUAAUAAUUUCACGAGUUUUAACGCCUCUCUGGACACAGUCGUUACCCUCAACUGCGAACGUUAUGCAUUUCCUCGUUUUAUUUUUUGCUCGAAGAGAGAAACCAUACGAGUUCCCCGUCGUUACCAGAAGAACGUAAUACCAGAAUGACGGUCGCUAUCGGAUAAAAUACAACGCACUUUAAUCGGACCCUCCCGCUUCUUAUUGCGUGUUUUUCUUUCCUUACUUUAUCUACAGUCUUCGGAGAUCUCUUCUAUACAUCUCUGCGGGGCCUUUUUCCUCGCACAAAAUCGAGAAAACGGUCUGCGUCAUCUUGGAUAUACGGCGCAGAGGUCGACAUUAUCGUCGCACGAUCCGGCCCAACCCUCCGGGCUUUUCCUACGUUGCUCGUUCGAAGAAGAAAUAACAGAAGCCCGCUGAAAAUCCUCGUCAUUGAGUGAGAAUAUAUUCGAGACACUCCAAAUAAUAACGCUUCGCGCACUUAGAAAAGAAGGACUGUAAUUUUCAAGGAGCUAUCAAUAUCGCAAGGAUAUUCUCUUUUCGGCAUAAUCGUCUUUGAAUUUUAACGAGAGAACGUAUUUCGGUCGAUCCCGUAGAGCAAAGUCGUAAACCAGUUUUCGUUCGACUUGAUUACCCAGAUAAUUCGCGAAUCGAUAUCCAAUCGAAGCCUCGUGGAAAUGAUCUUAAAAAUUUAUCUUUCAACGAGGUAACUCGUAUAAUCGACGAUCCUCUCGCUAUAUUAAUUUCUUCCUACUCGUCUUAAUCAAGCGGGAAUUAUUUUCGCAUGGUCGCGCCAUAAUGUACGAAAGAGCCCCGAGAAGUAACGAUUCGGCGAGACAAUUUGUUAACGGGACAUUUAAUCGGAGAGGAAAAGAAAGUCGGGGCUUUUUAUCGGCAUCGUGCGCCGCCGCCCUUCAAUCGAAGGCAGCGAAUGGUUUUAUUUUAAAAAUAAAUCCCAAGGCUCAUUCGGAGUGCGGAUGAACGCGUACUCCGUACCGUUCUCCGUACGGCUCGGCCCAUUCUCAAUGGGGCAGCGUAAACAAGUCCUCGAGUUCCUACAAAAAAGCUUACCGUGCCCAUAAAUAUUUACGGCACAUGGAGCACGUCCUGUCCUCUCUUACGUAUAGUCUUCACCGUCUUAUUCCGCCCUCUUCCGGUCCGUUCCCUCCCGCAAGUAUCGAGGGACGCAGCGGGACGACAAAAUUUAUUUAUUCGCUAAACGAACCAAAAUCCACACGUGUAUGAUCGUUUACAUAAAGGCGUAGAUUUCUUCUACUUAUUUAUUUCUUUUUUUUUCAUCUUUUCCUUUUUAUCGCAACCAAUUACGCUACGACGUACGAGGAUAAGGUCGACCUUGUGCCACAAAGUGGAUACGAAGUGGAUAAGGCGUCCUUUCUAUCGGCAUCUGGGUGUAGAAAAUGCAGAUUACCAUCUUCGUUUAAUUUUAAAGUAGAGAUCUCGGUAUGAAGGCUAGAGUAUAUCAGAACUUGCAAAUGAUUUUUGAAAUGCGCGCGUGAAAAUAGUCGAAUCGAAGAGAGCUCGACUUUUAUAUCGAGCCGAUCGUAUUUCGUUUGUUCGAGCAACGGUAAACGGUGCUAUCGUUCGGUGCGAAAAUAGAAAUGGAAGAAGAGGAAAAAAAAGAAGAUUCGCGGAAAAGAUAGUUUAUCAUUAAAAGGAAGAACUGGCCGCUAGGGCACGCUGCAUCGGAAGGAUCUUUCUCGCAAGCGAAAUAUAAUCCUUUCGCCGAUAGAAUCGAUAGAUCGGCUACGAUUAGCUAUAACUUACUUGGCGCGGAGGAUAACCGUGAUCACGAAGGCGGUUCCUCCUGGGCGAGGCCCAUCCAUUGCACUUAGGUUGGGCUGAACCUUGCGAAUACUCCUAUAGUGGGUAUGUCGAGCGCACAAUUUUUGGUAGUCGGGACCAGCGUUCGCGCUGUCCCGGAUACGUCAGCUCGAAAAAUAAAUUUCUUUAAUAUUAUUUCCCCCUUUUGUCAUCGAAAUUACGUCUUUUUUUUUAUCAUCGUCAUCUCUCUCUAUAAUUACGCACGCAGCACAAACAUCCCUUCUAUCGUCUCUUCUUCUACCUGUCCUAGAAAACAAGCAAUAAACAACAACCAGUAAUGGAAGUUUUUUCUCGUUUCUAUGGGUUAAUUUAUAAAUAAAAAAUAACUCUCUCCUCUCUCUCUCGAAGAUGAUUAAAAUUAAAAAAUCUCGUAAUGACAAUUGUAAUGACAAAUAUCGCGAUCGAUAUUAUAAAUAUUAUAUUUAUUUUAAUCGAGAGGAGAAAGGAGAGGAGGACCGUUUGUGUGUAUUUUAAUCGACUUACACAACAAUUUCAAUAUUUACUAAUAAACAAACCCACCCCUCACCUCCUCAUAGUAUCGAGAGAGAAAAGUGAUAUCAAAUGGUGAUUUUGUGUCACUUCACUUCAUUGUUACAAACAUUACUGGCAACCAUAAGAAUAUUUUUUUCUGUGGAAUAAUAGGAUCCGAACGUGCAUAUGAAAAUACAACAUCACCACCGCCGCCACAUGGUGGAAUAUGGCCAAAAGGAAAUGAUGGUAUCUCCUGUACAUUGCAACGUGCUGUUGCUGCUGUUGUUGUCGUUGUUGUUGUUGUUGUUGUUGUUGUUGUUGUUGUUGUUGUUGUGGUUAACGCGAGCGUUAAGCGAUAAAAGUUAUAGUUACUUUAGAGUCGUUUUGUAAACGCGUUUAAACGAAAUCGAAAAGUCAAAGUUGUGUCUAGCGGACAAAUAAUGCAUUUUGACGGCCAUGGUAUGCGUGGGUGUGUACAAGUUUGAGUUUCUCGAAGCGGAAGAUAGAAUUCCACUCGAGGGAAUCACCAUGGUAUCAUCUGGUAUCGAAUACAAGCGUUACAAGAUACCUGUGUUUUAUACUUGCUGUGCCUUUUUUUAAACCUGACCUUUGAACCUACAGAGAAUUUUUAUACCAGUCACGUCGUUGGACGAAUUACGAUGAAACGUUAAAGAAAAUUUAGGGGUUUAACGAAGCCUUUGCUCGGGACCACCUCGUAUUAUUAGAUCGUGAAAGUAUGCGUUUGAUUUAUUGUUAUUGUCGUAGAAUAAUUAUUUAUCUAUAUCGAAGCUAACGCAAUACCUUCGUAUAAUUUUCUUACUUCCUCUUAAUAUGGAGAGAAUGAAUUUUUAUCGUUGUCUUUAUUUGGAACAUCGUCACACUCCUAUCGAAUCUUUUUUGUCUUAAUAUAAAAUCGAUGCUAACUUCGUUAACGCUCGAACGGUCCUUUAGGCAACAGCCUAUAAUUUUAGGAAUUUUCCUUCCUCCGUGUAGCGAGUAUCAUCGAUAUAUCGAUUCGCUGAAAUACCACCAGGAGCGAUACGUAAAUCGAGAAUGUACGUUGAAUUUAUGCAAUCGAUAAAUUGUUUUUGUCAUCGGUUCGCGAUGACAGAACAAAAAAAAGAAGAAAACUCGAGAAGCGGUCGAAUACUUUUCUUUCUUUCUCUUCCUUCUUUUUUUUUCGAAGAGCCAAACACGAACGUGAGAUACAAAUCGGUUUAUUGCUUUUUCCGACUCGGAGAAAUUGAAAGUAACACCACCGUAUUCGGAUUCUCGUUUGAAUCGUGAUUCACCUUUCGCGUGUGCUGAUCUCACCCUCGUGCGUUCUCGUCUACCCCCUAUGUCUCUCCAGCGAAUCGAGUUUAAUCGUGCUUCCGAUACUACGCCGAAAAUUCGCUAGCACUUUGUCUCUACCGUUCGAAAGAGAGAACUUUGUUUUAAUUUGCGAUAUCAUUGUAUAUAAUCAUGCAGUUCAUGUAAAUUCAAAGCGUUAGAAACUAAUGCAUCUUUGCAAUAUCUUAUCGUAGUCGAAGUUAGAAAUUUCAUUGGGUAUUAAGAUAACCGUCGUUAGUACUUCCAUGGCUAUAUAUCUUUUGGUUAAACGAAGUUAACCUUUACCAAGACGAAAGUUCCAAUACGAGUUCCAGUACGAGCUCACAGCCGUGAAAUAUUAAAAAAGUUUAUUUGUCGCAACUAGAACUACUCCUUCGAAAGUGUAUCGUUCUUUUCUACGUUCAUUAUAUUUCCGCGUGAAAGUGCGAAAUGUGACAAGCGUAAACGAAGACAUUCUUUUUCAAUUGUAGAUAUACGAAUUCGGGAUCGCGAGCUAAAGCGGGCUCUGCCUUAAAUUUUAUUAUAUAUUAACAUUUACAAGCGGUAAAUGUAACCAAAAUCACGAAAAACCUUCUUUGGGAAGAUGCUUAACGAGAACGUUAGAAUGGUUCGAAGAUAUAGCAACGUCGAUCCGUUCUAUUUCUAGUGUUCGCUCGGUGUCGUUUUUUAUGUUCCAAUUUACCACGCUUCUUUUGACGGAAUCUGCAUCCCGCUCCGUAAAUAGCUCGCCCACAUUUAUCGCGUUAAUAUUCUCGCCAACACAAUGUACCUUAAUACUUUCGAGUCUCGAAGGAGAAAGGAUCGAAGGGACAGCUCUCCUAAAUAGAAAAUGCGAUUAGAACAGCGAUAUCGCAUUCAUUUUUGGAAUAUAUAUAAAUGCAUAGAUCCGUUUCGCUCCAGUCGUUAUGUUUCGAUAAAUGUUACUUCGGUUCGAUUGGUCGCGUUCAAUUUUCGAGCGCGUGCAUCGUUAAUGCAUAACGUUUAUCAGAAGCACCGGUGUAUUCGUUCAAGCGCGAAUGAUGGAAAACGAGUGAUACAAUGCGUAUCGAAGAGCAAUAAGAGGCUCAUUCCGGUGAUACAGGCUCGACAUUGAAGCUCGACCCAUGCCGUCGUUUCUAACAUCGGAUUUAGAGCAAACUUAUUUCUCACUAGGGACGUAUUUGUCAGAGACGUCAAAUACGAUAAGAGGUAUCGAACAAGACAUCUUGUUGUAUCGAUCUCAUAGAUGAUUUUAUUCGGAGAAAAGGAUGCUUCGCGGUACGAUUCGAUGAUUAUCGAGAAGGAAGGACCGCGAAGAUUGACUCGCAACAUCAUCUUUUUCCACGUAACACGGACCGUAUUGAUCGAGCCGCUGCAGAGGCAGCGGCAGCGGCAGCGGCAGCGGCAGCGGGCGGAUACGGCCAUGAUAUCGGCGAGAAUAAAGAGCAAACCAUCCGCAUUCUUGUCCCUUCGAUGCUAACACCUUUUGUGCCUAAGCCUUCCGGAUGGAUUUUGCUGAGAAACGAAAGUUUGAGAAACGUGAUAUUUUCGUUUUCAUAUCGGAAGUUCCGUUAUUCGUUCGAUUAUUCGAUGGUAUUAAAUGGAUUAGUUUCUCCUUCGAAUCGAAAGAUAUUAUUAAUGGUGAUUGGCUAAGUAGAAGAGUCGAAUAGAGAGACACGCGUGAUAUCCUAAAACGAGCAAAGAACGCAAACGUUGAAUUUUAUCGGGAAACUGGGAAAGUCCGGUUCUAUAUUGCGGUUUUAGCGGAUCUGCGGUUAUAUCUGUAUCGUGUGCGUGAUAUUUUCUACCGACGUGUUACGCGUUUCUUGAGAAUAGAUACAAGUGGAAAUGUAUUAUUUGUAUCCGUUUUAAAAUGCGAUGGACGUCGUCGAACGGAUAAACUAAAUUUACGCAAAGAUAAAUCGCAGAGACAUAUCUGCAUCUGAUACGCGGUACGCCUCACGGACGAAGGCCCUUGAACGAACAAACGCGAGUAAACUUCGUGGUAGAGUUCGGUACCGUAUGUCAAAUAUUAGAUCCGAUGAUUCGACUCGGUUGAUUUCACGUUUGCGCGAUUCAUCCUUGAGAUCUUCCGAGUUUCGUUUCGAUUCCGUUUCGCUCCUUCACGAAAGAGAAGCGAAUAAAUCGAACGGAUGGAAGGAGGGAUUUCGAUUUACCUGAAUUCUAUCUCAUAUUCGAAGAGGAUGAUUUUCUUUCUCGUUCGUGCCUAAGUGCAAGGGUAAGUGUUUCGUAACGAACGAGUAAAUCGAUCUGAAACUUUUGUGAAAUUAGUUUUAUUCCCUUUACGAUUCCACGAGGGAGCUUUUAACCGAUGGCAACCCACGCGUUCGUCUGGAAGAGUGCCGUCAAAGCGUUUUUGUCUCGAAUUUUACUCGUGCUUUUUCCGUUUCUCCUUUUAUUUUUGCCCUUUUUCACAAAACAUAAAAGAAUUUUCAAGGGACUUCAUUGAUUUCCGAGGCGAGCACAGUAUUCGAUUCCUCGCGGACAAGCUCGUAUGCGUGCGCGCGUAUACAUUUCUGUCGGUGAGAGCGCUCUCAGACGAUGACGCUUCUGAACUCGCGUAAAGGCGUGGCAAGAAGGACCUUCGACGAAAUUUUCUACGGAAGAAACGUGCGCGUCGCUAAAAGAGAACACUCGAGACACCGGUGUGUCUCGCGUGCCACUUUUCUCUCACCAUUCAUUCCCUCUGCGGCAUAUACACAUUCUCUUUCCUCGUACCUUCGUCGCUGAACUUUAUCAAGGAUCCAAGACCGCACUCGAGAAAACGAGUUUGCGCAGAGAGAAUUCUGCUCGGUGAAGGAUCGUGCGAUAUCCCGAUGGCGAACUGCUUUAGAUUUUGUUAAUUAAGCGAUCGUCAUCCAUCCUAUUUUUUCUUAUUUUUUUUUUUUUUUUAUUUUUGUUUGUCGAUCAAAGUAGUGGAUCGAAGAAAUGGACCGAGGUAAGAACGAACCGCAAUGUUGAAUGUUCAUAUGCUUUUGUUUAUUCAUUUAUUUAUAAUGAAGCAAUUCGCUUUUCGAAAUUUUCACAGCGUUAGAGAUAAAUUGGAUUUAUUUGAAAGUCUUUCUCUUUCGUUAUGGUUAAAGCGACACGAUCGAUCGAAUAUUCGAACGUUGUUAUUAAUCAACAAAGUAUACUCGAGCAAGAGUUAAGUUCGGAAGCGCCUCGUCGUAGGCAACCAUCCCUCGUCGAAUGGUAGCUGUGUAAGGAGUCGUGAUCGUAAACAGGCGCUUCGACGACGCGUGUGACGUUGCUCACGGGGUCAACGAACUCGACGAACGUUGUCCUGUAACGAUUCUACUACAUCAUGCUGAUUCACCUGCAUUUGCUCGUCGAAGAACGUCUCGCCGUCGCGGAAACUUGGCGAACGUUCAAGCUCGUUGAUGUUUUCGGGAUUUUCAACAUUUCACAAGAAAUUAGCUCGGUUAAAACGGGUUAGACGUUAAAAACGAGAGUAGGAUAGUUCGCGUUAUCGCCUAAUACCGUUUGCCGAUCUGUAAAUAGCUUGUAGGAAUUAAACUAUCGUAGACGAAGGUUCGUCCAUAAUUAAUGUUGGUAGAUAAGACUACGCUUUGUUCUACGUACGUAUAUAUGUGCGUGUACAUAUGCACAUAUAUGUACAUGCAUUUAAUGCUACGUAAGAAAGGAAUAAAGUUUCAUUGUUUGAUGACGGAUGGCUGUUAAAAAGAUUAAUCUUAUUAGUGCUCCGUUUCCUCGACGACAAGAAAGACUCGAUGAAGACUUGAGAUAAAAAGAGAACGUCUUAUAACUUGACGAUAAAGUCUCAUUUGCAAUAGGUACAGUUUGUUACGCCUACUUAAAAUAUACAAUGGUACAGUUCGUUGAUUCCCUUAAAGUUCUUACGAUCGGACGAUUGAUUAUUAACUAGAUAAUCUUUUGCCUCGACAAAAAAUACAAUAGGUGAAGGUGUUUAUCGAACGUAUCUAUUCCAUUUCUUAGACAUAUUUCCGCGAUUACGUAGCGCUAUUUACUUGUCGCGUUUUACGAUCCAACGCUCUUACUUUCGAACUUCUUCUCGUUUACGCUUUCUUUCUCAGAUUUAUCGAUGACAACGUUAAACGUCGAUGCUCUUGCUGGUCGUAAAUCGAUGAGUAAUCCGAUUGUAAUUAUUAUCACUCCGACUACUCAUCGUUUAUGAGUAAUAGCACGAAAUACGAACGGAUCAUUGAUUUCUGAAUCAUCUGGGGAACGGAGUGAUCUAUGCUGCCUCCGUUACAUAGACGUUUUCAUUGUUUUAUUCUUACGUUGUCAGAUCGAAAUCGUGUGUUAAAAACACAAGAAGGGAUUUUUGAAGCCAAUAUAGGAGUCGGUGGAAAAUAGUCGAGGUGGUAUUCACGACGGUGGUAUAAACGAGCGAAUGAAUAAAGAGACGAACGUAUCGCGACGUCGAACGAUUCAGUAAUACAGAUCGUCUUCCUUCGAGUUUCGGGCAAAGAAAAAUCGUUGUGUCGCAUAAAAUGACAAAGAUUAAAACUCGCGAGUCUUCGCGACAAAUGCAAAGAAGAAAAAAGAAAAGAAAAGAAAAGAAAAAGGUUAAG